GCUCCGCUCCGCUCCGCCGGCUCCUCGGCAGGGCAGCGUCCGCCGCCGGCUCGGGGCGGGAGGCGUCGGGCGGUCGUGGGACGGCGGGCAGCGCCCUUGGGCGGCACAGGACAAAAUGGCCAAAAUGGAGGUCAAGACGUCGCUUUUAGACGACAUGAUAGGGGUAGGAGAUAUGGUUCUUUUAGAGCCACUGGAUGAAGACUCCUUCAUCAAUAACCUGAAGAAGCGCUUUGAUCACAAUGAAGUUUAUACAUACAUUGGCAGCGUGGUGAUAUCAAUAAACCCCUAUAGUUCUCUACCCAUUUAUACUCCAGAGAAAGUGGAAGAAUACAGAAACCGAAACUUUUAUGAGCUCAGUCCUCACAUCUUUGCUCUGUCUGACGAAGCUUACAGGUCUUUAAGGGACCAGGAUAAAGACCAAUGCAUCCUUAUUACAGGAGAAAGUGGAGCUGGGAAAACGGAGGCCAGCAAACUUGUCAUGUCAUAUGUGGCUGCUGUGUGUGGAAAAGGAGCAGAGGUUAAUCAAGUAAAAGAACAACUUUUGCAGUCAAAUCCAGUCCUUGAAGCUUUUGGAAAUGCCAAAACUGUGAGGAAUGACAACUCCUCUAGAUUUGGAAAAUACAUGGAUAUUGAGUUUGAUUUCAAGGGYGACCCACUUGGGGGAGUUAUAAGCAACUAUCUACUAGAGAAGUCUCGUGUUGUUAAGCAGCCAAGAGGUGAAAGAAAUUUCCACAUUUUCUAUCAGAUCCUGUCYGGUGCAUCAGAAGAGUUUCUCUGCAAACUCAAACUGGAGAGGGACUUCAGCAGAUACAACUACCUGGGUCUUGAUUCUGCUAAAGUGGAUGGAGUGGAUGAUGCUUCAAACUUCAGAACAGUCAGGAAUGCAAUGCAGAUUGUUGGGUUUAUGGAUCAUGAAACACAGUCGGUUUUUGAAGUAGUGGCAGCUGUUCUGAAAUUGGGAAAUAUCGAAUUUAAGCCUGAAUCUCGUGCGAAUGGCCUAGAUGAAAGUAAAAUCAAAGAUAAAAAUGAACUCAAGGAAAUCUGUGAGCUGACAGGUAUAGACCAGUCUGUAUUGGAGAGAGCUUUCAGCUUCCGGACAGUUGAAGCCAAACAAGAGAAAGUUUCAACAACACUAAACGUGGCUCAGGCUUAUUAUGCCCGUGAUGCUCUGGCUAAGAAUUUAUACAGUCGACUGUUCUCCUGGCUGGUUACCAGGAUCAAUGAGAGCAUUAAGGCACAAACAAAAGUGAGAAAGAAGGUAAUGGGGGUGCUCGACAUCUAUGGCUUUGAAAUUUUUGAGGACAACAGCUUCGAGCAAUUCAUUAUCAACUACUGUAAUGAGAAGUUGCAGCAGAUCUUCAUUGAACUUACCCUCAAAGAAGAGCAGGAGGAGUACAUCCGAGAGGGGAUUGAAUGGACUCAUAUUGAAUAUUUCAACAAUGCUAUCAUUUGUGACCUAAUAGAAAAUAACCAAACUGGAAUCCUGGCCAUGCUGGACGAAGAGUGCCUGAGACCAGGAACUGUKACCGACGACACCUUUUUAGAAAAGCUGAACCAGGUGUGCGCCACUCACCAGCAUUUUGAGAGCAGGAUGAGCAAGUGCUCCCGGUUCCUCAACGACACCUCCCUGCCCCACAGCUGCUUCAGGAUUCAGCAUUACGCUGGCAAGGUUAUGUACCAGGUGGAAGGAUUUGUUGACAAAAACAAUGAUCUUCUGUACCGCGACCUCUCCCAGGCCAUGUGGAAGGCCAGCCACUCCCUUAUCAAAGCAYUGUUCCCAGAAGGAAACCCUGCAAAGAUCAAUCUAAAGAGACCCCCAACGGCUGGUUCACAGUUCAAGGCUUCAGUUGCUACRCUGAUGAAAAACCUCCAGACAAAAAAUCCAAACUAUAUCAGGUGCAUCAAACCCAAUGACAAAAAGGCUGCACAAGUUUUCAACGAAGCCCUGGUGUGCCACCAGAUCCGCUACCUGGGGCUGCUGGAGAACGUGCGGGUGCGSAGGGCGGGCUACGCCUUCCGACAGCCCUACGAGCCCUGCCUGGAGAGGUACAAAAUGCUCUGCAAGCAGACGUGGCCCCACUGGAAAGGGCCAGCCAGGGAUGGAGUGGAGGUGCUGUUUAAUGAAUUGCAAAUCCCCGAAGAGGAAUUUUCGUUCGGUAGAUCAAAGAUAUUCAUCCGCAACCCAAGAACACUCUUCAAAUUAGAGGACCUGAGAAAGCAGCGUUUGGAGGACUUGGCUACCCUCAUUGGGAAGAUUUAUAGAGGCUGGAAGUGCCGUACUCGCUUCCUGCUGAUGAAAAGAUGCCAGAUUGUGAUUGCUUCCUGGUACAGGAGAUUCGCACAACAAAAAAGAUACGAGAAGAUAAAGAGCUCAGCUGUUACAGUCCAGUCGUACAUCAGAGGGUGGAAGGCCCGGCAGCAACUCCGUGAGCUUAAGCACCUGAAGCGUUGCAAUGAGGCUGCCACGGUAAUUGCUGCUUAUUGGCAUGGCACCCAGGCACGAAGGGAACUGAGACGACUGAAAGACAAGGCUAGAAAUAUACAUGCUAUUGCUGUUAUUUGGGCUUUCUGGCUUGGAUAUAAGGCUCGGAGGGAGUUGAAACGCUUGAAGGAGGAGGCUAGGCGUAAGCAUGCUGUGGCAGUCAUUUGGGCUUACUGGCUUGGACUGAAGGUCCGUAGAGAAUACAGAAAAUUCUUCAGAGCCAAUGCUGGACGAAAAAUUUAUGAAUUUACCCUUCAGAGACUUAUGCAAAAAUACUUCUUGGAAAUGAAGAAUAAGAUGCCUUCUUUAUCACCAAUAGAUAAAAACUGGCCAGCAAGGCCUUACCUUUUCUUGGAUUCAACUCACAAGGAACUAAAGAGGAUUUUCCAUUUGUGGAGGUGUAAAAAGUACAGAGAUCAGUUCACAGAUCAGCAGAAGCUUAUAUAUGAAGAGAAACUGGAAGCAAGUGAACUUUUCAAGGACAAGAAGGCUUUAUAUCCAGCCAGUGUGGGGCAGCCGUUCCAGGGGGCUUACCUGGAGAUCAGCGAGAACCCCAAGUACAAAAAACUCAAAGAUGCYGUGGAUGAAAAGAUCAUUAUUGCAGAAGUGGUGAAUAAGAUCAAUAGAGCCAAUGGGAAGGCUGCAUCCAGGAUUUUCUUAUUAACCAAAAACAAUGUUCUUCUUGCGGAUCAAAAAUCUGGGACUAUCAAGUCGGAGGUGCCACUGGGAGAUGUUACCAAAGUGUCCAUGAGCUCCCAAAAUGAUGGAUUCUUUGCAGUGCACCUCAAGGAGGGCUCAGAAGCYGCCAGUAAAGGAGAUUUCCUGCUCAGCAGCGAUCACCUUAUUGAAAUGGCCACUAAACUUUACCGCACRACUCUCAGCCAAACCAAACAGAAGCUCAACAUCGAGAUAUCUGAUGAGUUCCUGGUCCAGUUCAAACAAGACAAAGUGUGUGUGAAGUUCAUACAAGGCAGCCAGAAGAACGGCAACAUCCCAACUUGCAAGCGAAAAAACAAUCGGCUUCUGGAAGUGGCCGUCCCUUAACUGCAGCUGAUGACUCUCCUUUCAUGGACUUGUUUCUUUGUAAUAGUGCAAUUUUAGUUGCUUGGUUUUGCUAUUUUCAUCCCUUUCUGGAGCUGUUGAUGGCUAAUAGCUUUAGAAACCCUUGGCAAAACACUUGAUCAAUCGACUUUGAAACCUUUUUUGUUCAUGCCAGAGUCUUAACCCUCGAAGCGCAGAUUUUUAUCCGGUGAUGCAUUUUUACCAGCUGGCACAUAUCUGUCACACACCGAAUCAUUCUCUUCGUUUAGCAGCCGUAUUUUAGUGCAACGUAUCAUAAACCCACAUAUUAAUGAUCAAUUACUCRUAUUCUUUAGCCUAGAGAUCAUCUUCACAGGAAUUAUCCGUGGCCUUGAUGCCGGGUGGCGUUUUUAUCCCGACCUGUCCAGGUGUCUGGCAGGUUCCUCACGUCCUGCCCCUGUGGAUCCCAUCAAAGACUGAUACAACAACUCCUGUAGCUCACACUAGGACCUGUGUAACUCAACCCUCCCAUCAGCACAGCACAGAAACAUCUAACUCUGCAGAAUAGAAGGAAUAUGUGAUUACACAAGCAGCUACAUGCGUAAUUUCGUAUUAAAACGUGCGGAAAUUUCGAAGCGGAGUUUUUAAUUAGGUCWGAUGUUUUUAAUGACUUUAUAAAGUAGAAAUCAGCAAAAUUAAAGACACUUUGUCUUUUUUUUUUUUUUUCAUGAAAGCUAUAAAGUUCAAGGCGUAUUUUCUGUUCUGCUUUCUKUCUUUUAAAUUAUCAGUUAAGGUUAGAGCCUGAAGAAAGCAAUAGUAUUCAUAACACAAGUAAAUGCUAGUUAUUUAAAC